ACGGACGUCUGUGACCUUGGAGCAGGAAAUGAGGUCAGACAGGUGUUGUAGCAUCUCGACAUGAGGCGGUGCGAAACAUAGGAAAACAGCUGGGGUACGGUCAUGAGCUAGUUAACUCUGCUCAAGAAGAUGCUAACAGCUAACCGGUCUUAAUGAGGGUUAAUUUCAGCUCCAAUCCGACGUUGGACCGACCUAUGAAGCUAGCCUCUCCUAAGGUUCUUUUUUGGAUAUGAUGGUUUACUCAUGCUGCUGCCAUGAGGUCAAUGCUGAGCAGUGAUCAUCAAAAGUCUCAAGAUUCAGGUCCACCAGCACCAUGCGCCCUUUGGCCAUUGGCUCUCAAGAUAACUCACUUGGACUGGAACCCCGACGCAACCCUGAUACACUUCCAGGGACAGUACCUUUCCAUAUGUGAACUGGACUAUAACAUCUUGCAGGUAGAAAUACAGAGCACACCAAAGACAAAGGCUGCAGUGGAUAUCGGAGAGUUUUGUGUUGUAGAAGAUUUGACUUCAGGCCACUGGUAUAGAGGAAGAGUUCAGAACAGAAAGGAGGACAUGUUUGAUGUUUUCCUCAUAGAUCAUGGAAAUGUCUUGAGUGUCGACAUCACCCACAUAUAUUCCUGUUCAAAUGACCUGUUUAUCCUCCCUCCAAAAAUAGUUUGUGGCUUUCUAGCAAAUGUGCUGUUGCUUCAGUCGUGUUCUCUUUCUUUAGUGGAGGAGUAUUUUUCAAGGUUGCUUGGAAGCAGUGUUACAGGUUAUAUUCAGGCCUUCCUUCCCCACAAAAUCCUCUUGCUGGAAGCCCCUGACAUCAACAGUCAUCUUGUUAGACAUGGAUUCGGGAGGCAUGUGGACACAGAUACCUUCCUUCUCAUGGUUGAGAUGCUCACAGAGGUGCCGCUCAAACAAAGCAUGGAGCCCAUUCCUGACUUGCUCAUUGAAAAACCAAGGGGUCAAGAGUUUUGCUUCAAACCAUCCAGUUUGCAGGAAUAUGAAAAAAUCAUGUCAUUCUGUGGGUCUAAACUGAGUUGUGGGACACAUACUAAAGUGCGAGUAACUGCUGCUGUCAGCCCUGGGCUGUUUUACUGUCAGAUGGCCAGUAUGGAAACAGACCUUUUGGAAAUGUCAAAGAAGCUUGCUGCAGUUUGUGAGGACAGAACCAAAGAACGCAGUCAGAAGACAGAACCAGAAAACCUUGGUCUGCUGUGCUCAGUUAAAGACAAAGAUGAGAAAUGGUACAGAGGCUUUGUGCCAUUUCUCCCAGUCAACUCUCAAGUUAGAGUUUUGUUCAUUGACUAUGGAUUCUUUGAAUUUGUCAAAGUUGAGAACAUCCACAGGUUGCCACCUGAUUUCUAUUCAGCACCAAUCAUGGCAUUCCCAUGCUCACUCUCCUGCCUCAGUGGUCAAGAUGAGGCAUUCAAAACUCAGCAGCUGAGUUUCCUCAAGGCAGGCUUGCUUGGAGGAGUGUUAGAUGUGGAGAUAAGUAAUUCUGAUGAAGAAAAGCAUCUGUACUCCAUCACAGUUAUCGGUGCUGAGAACGAUCAUAUAAAGGAACUAGAGCACAAUCAGGAACUUCAGGAACCCAGAGUGAAGAGUGAGUCUGUGUUUAAGACAGAAAAAUUUUCACCUCAGGGUGGCUGUUUAUACUAUGAGACAUUCAUGGCUGAAGAACUGAAUAAAACACUGAAAGCAGAAGAGGUGGAGGUCAAUUCUGUCUUUGUGGGGUAUGUUGUGUAUGUUGAGAAUCCAACCCACUUCUGGAUUAGAACACAAAAACGCAACGAUGAGUUUGAAGAAUUGAUGACAGAAAUAGCAGAUCACUUCAGACAGGUGAAACUGGAGGAAGAUGUACUGUUGAACCCUGAGCUCGGGACACUGUGCUGUGCAGUUCAUGAGGAAGACAUGAAUUUCUACAGGGGUGUAGUGACACACACUCUUGAGCAUGGAGCUGAAGUUCUUUUUAUUGAUUUUGGGAACAUUGAGAAGGUGCCACAUGUGUUGAUUAAGAAGAUACCAGAUGCAUUUGCCAGCAAAUCAGCAUUUGCCAUCUGCUGUUCUCUUGUUAAGGUUCUUCCUUUGGAUGAUGUUUGGACUAGCACCGCCUCUGACUUUUUCAGACGAGCCGUGUCAAACAAAGACCUGCUAGUCCAUGUUGUCGACAUGAGAAUAAACAAAAUCAUCAUUGAUCUCUAUGAGGUGGGAAGUGACAGCAAUCAGAGUAUCACUGAGCUUCUUAUCUCCUCCAAACAAGCUGAAUACUGUAAGAACACUUCCAUAGAGCCUGUAAGGCCAAAUAACACAGCGAGAACAGAACAAAGGUGCCUAAGCUACAGCGUGACAGACAUCAGUGGGAAUAAAGAACAAUGGGACAAGAAAGAGAACAAGUGCAAAAAUGAUACUGAGAUGUCUCCAAACCCUGCUAGCUUCAAAGCUUUAAGCAUCAAGCCUGGGCAUGACCUUGCAGUGUGUUGCUCGUACAUAGACUCCCCAUCAGAUUUCUGGUGCCGUCCCCUUGAUAAGGGCCCCGCUUUGGAGGAACUAAUGGAUAGAGUUGCGCAGUAUUACACAACUCACACAGUCCCCCUUCAGUCAGGGGAUUCAUGUUGUGUUGCCAAUUCACCACUAGAUGAAAAAUGGUAUAGGGCUUUCAUUACAGAAAUACAGGAUGGCAUAGCCAGAGUGUUGUUGGUUGACUAUGGCUAUACCAUCCAAAUAAAGGAGAACAAUCUCCAGGCAAUAAUGCCAGAAUAUCUUUCUUUGGAAGGACAAGCUUUCAGGUGUAGCCUUUACAACCUGAUAGAACCUGCUGACCUCAAGAACUGUGGGGAUUGGAGUCAGGAGGCACGUAAGCUGCUAAAGGACUUUGUCUUUGACAGCACCAGGGUUCUACGAUGUAAAGUUGUGUCUCAGUUAAAUGUGAAAAACAAAGGGUUAUGCAAUGUUGUGGAUCUCUAUAACACCCAAACCCAGCAAAGCAUAGCAGGUGAGCUUGUGGAACAGGGAUUGGCAAGAGAAGUGACAGUCUCAACAAAGCCACUGUCAGCAGUGUUUCCAGAGUCUUUUGUCUACUCUUCAUAUAAUCUGAAUCCUGGAAAUGAAGUGCAGGUCUUUGUCACUCAUGUUAACAGUCAGUGGGAUGUGUACUGUCAGCUCGAGAGAAACACUAAAAUCAUCGAAGAUCUCGAAAAGAAAAUUUCAGAGGAGAGUGAAAAAAUGAUGCAAACCAGUACGAGAGCAGUUGUGAGGAAGCUGUGCCUGGCAAAAUAUUUGGAUGGCAAAUGGUACAGGGGCUUGGCACAUCCUGUUCAGUCACCUCUGUAUCUCAGAGUGUUUUUUGUGGAUUAUGGAAACACAAACAUAUCUGAGAAAAACCAGGUUAUGUUCAUUCCCAGAGACACUGCUGACUUGUUGUACACACCCAUGCAGGCAGUGAGAUGUAGCCUUGCUUCAGUUUCCAAGGAAGAGCUCUAUGCAGGUGUCAAGGACUGGCUUGUUGGAGCAGUCCUCAAUAAGGAAGUGAGAGCUGUCAUAGUUGCAAAGAGUGAAGAUGGUUCAUUUGAUGUCGAGCUGUUUGAUGGGGAUGUUAACAUCAAUCAGAAAGUAAAGGACCUCAUUCUCAGUCUUUCUUCGAAGAGCCAGCCCAAAGAGCACUCUUCAAAGUUUCCCAUAUGCAAUCCUGACCGACGUACUCAAGUUAGAAGUGCAUUCCGAAAUAAGAAAGAAAAUAGAAAGUAUGCUACUUGGAAAGCUCCGAACAAGAACACACAAGCAGAACGACAAAAUCAAGACAAGACAAAAAGCCCUGUCCUUAUAAAACCUCAGAAAAACCCAAAAGUAAAACAGAGAGUGUACCAAGAUAUAAACACAAAGUCAGAGCAACCUCAGACAGACAUGCCUCAGUUCUCAUGCUUGCCUGAAAAGAGAGUGAGUGCAGGUUUCAGAGCAAAGUGUUUUGUCUCCCACAUUGACACAGUCAAAAGGUUUUUCCUCCAGCUGUCAGACGAUGAAUCCGCCAUCCUGAAAAUGGGUGAAGAUCUCAAUUCAGAUGUCUUCAUAGAUUCCUUGAAGGCAACCACAUCUUUAAGAAUCAGUGACAUUGUUCUAGCUGAGUACGAGGAGGACGGGGCUCUGUACCGUUGUGUAGUGAAGGGCUGUGAAGGAAGUUCUCGUUUCAAAGUUGAGUUCAUUGACUAUGGAAACUCAGCAUCUGUGGGGAAGGACAAGAUCUACUCUAUACCGAAGGAUUAUCUCACUGUGCCAAGAUUCAGCAUAUCAUGUUUCCUUUUGGACACGAGUGUUUACGAAAAUGAUGCUUCUUUUACUGAUGCUGUAGUGGAGAAGCCUCUCAUGGUUGACUUUGUCCGUGUUUGUGGAACUCAGUGGGAAGUCAAGGUUGAGAUUCUUGGUGGUGAAGUUGGUUUUCCACCAGCACUUGAAGCAACUGAAGGUAGCCCUGUAAACAAAAAAGAAGAGGAGCCUCCUGCAAGUUCAACUGAAACAGAGAAGAAAGCAAUAUCCUGUGACCAGAAUUACCGCAGAACAAAGGUGUGCAAGAAUGAAAAAACUAAAUCCAAAAAAAUGAUGCCUACUGUUCAAGGCAAAAACAUCAUGCUGAAACCACCAUCUGUCACACUGUCAACCAAAAUGAAGGUAAGAACCUGCAAGCGCUGUAGAACAAUACCAACCAGAAUCAUGACUGUGCUGAAGAUUAAUCAGAGAAAAACUUCAAAAUUUCCUUCCAAAGCAGUGAGAGACCUUGCUGGUGUUUUUACAGCUCUGACUAUUCAAGCUGAAGACAUGGAGAACGGUACAAUUCUGUCCGUCAAGAGUAAUUGUGAAUUUUACAUCCGCCUUGCUAGGACCAGUGAUCUGUUUUCUGGACUGGAAAGUUGCAUAGCUGACAACCUAAACAAGUGUGAGAUGUUGGCCAAAGAGGAUAUCAGACAAGGCCUUCACUGCUUAGUUCAAGAAGACAACAAAUGGCACAGAGCUCUUGUUCAGCAAGUAGAACAGGAUGAAUGCCAAGUGCUAUUUGUGGAUCAGGGAAUAACAGAAGAUAUUCUGAUUGGCCCCUUCCGACGACAGUGUAGUGAAUUGUCAGAGAUUCCCAGCUUUGCAGUGUUGUGCAAGUUGAACUGUCUUGGAUUCAGUGAGUCAAUGGAUGCUAACCGAUUGUGGAAUCAAACUCUUGCAUCACUAACAGGCAAAGAAGUCAAGCUUUUGUUUGUGCAUUAUUCAGAAGCUGAUAAGCUUUGGAUGGUUGAACUAGUUAAAAAUGAACUGUUCUUGAUUCAGCAAAUCACAAAUUUGCCACAGGACCAUCAACAUGAAGCCUCUGUAGGAGAACCCAAUACCGACACCAGUUCUCUUCAGCAACUUCCCUUUGCUCCAGUUGAUACGGACAAAGCGUACUUUGGCUUUGCUGCUGCAGUGACUACUCCCUUUGAGUUCUGUGUUGUUCUUGAAGACUUGCUUCUCAUCAUGACCAAAGUAUCCAUGAUGUUGGAUGACCUCCCUGGGCAGGUGUCUCCUCUUCCUGAAGCCCACCUCAUUCCUGGUGCCUGCUGCCUGUUGAAAUCAGAUUCCAAGAACAAGUGGUGCAGGGCUGAAAUUGUAAAUGCCGACGCCACAGUCGUCGUAAACCUGGUGGAUUAUGGCCAUUGUGAAUGCUUGUCAUACAAAGACCGCUCUAAGCUGAAGAGGCUUCCGGAGGAGCUGAUGAACCUCCCAAAGGUGACAUACCCCUGCGUCCUGAGAGGUGUGAAACCAGUUGGAGUGGAUGGGCAGUGGACUGACGACGCAGCACUUUUCUUCCAACAGAGCUUGUAUCAGAAGAAUCUUCAGAUCCUCUUCAGAGAGUUUGUCUCAAACAUACACUGGAAAGUGGACAUUCUAGCAGCAGGCGUCUAUGUUGCCAAGGAGCUGGUGGAUGCCGGACACGCCAGCUAUGUCGAUGCCAUGCUUGGCCUAAGGUUCCAGGAGCAGAUCACCCUUAAAGCUCCUCUUCAGGACCUGGAUAGUGAGGAGGAGUCUGGCCAGGAAGAUGAAGACGCUAAAGGGAAGUCGGACCUUUUUAGCCAAGGCCACUGGAGAAGCUGAGAGGAAUGUGCCCCUCAGCUUCAAGUCUAGAGCUAUUCAGUGUCUCCUGAUGUGAAGAAAGUCUGGUUGUAUCUUUUUGGCCUCGGCAGCAGUUUCCACCAGUGCAGCAUGUCCACGUCACCUAGCAUCACAUAUCUUUAAAUUACCAAUUCUACCUUUGAUUUACCUUAAAAUGUUAUUAAAAUUCAUUUGUUCAUGGUCAAAAUGUUAGCACAGUUUGAGUUUCUAAAAGUAAGAAAUAAGUGAGCAGCACCAUGUUAUUUUUCUUAAAUGCACAAGAAAGUGGAGCCAGUAAACACUUCAUAUAGUUAUUAAGAUUUAAAUGACAUACGUUUUCCAUUAAUGUGUACUGGAUAUUUUGAUGAAAGUUCAUUUGUGUAUUUUGUUUAAAAAGUUCACAGUGUUGUAUUUAAAAACAUUAAGACGGACAAUGAGCACUUGAGGUAUAUACAAUAGCCGAGCACACAUUUUGUUCAGUUUAAAUUACACAAAGUUUGUAAACAAAACAAAGAGUUUGUAAGUUUUGGGUUUUAGUGACCUCUAACAAAAAGAUUUUUCCAGAUUAAAAAAAGCUGAUGGGCAUACUAA